GAAACACUUCUACUAAUAAGGCUCAAAGGAUAAGAAUGUAUUAGCCACACGACCUUUUUCACGGCAGACGUUGUAUUUUCAAAAGCAUCAAUGAUGGCUGCAUUCCACUUAGGAGAGGCCCUGGUACUGUGCAUGCUGACUCACUGAAACAGCUUACUGGGACAUUAGUAGGCCUACCUAAACAACUAUUCACAGUUUUAAACGGAGCUACACUUAGCAAACACCUUUGAAACGCACAUUGGAAUUUACAUCAGUUUUAUUUUGAAGGCAAAAUUAUUCCAGUCCGCACUUCCAGUUUCGUUUCUGAAACUGCCUGCCUGGCAUCGUGUCUAUAUAUGCCUACUGUAAAGCUGUUCACCAUCAUCAACUAUCUUCAAGAUAAGACACCAAAGUGAGUAAACGUCAAAGGUUCAUUCAGCCUCCUUGACAUACUUCAGCAGACCAGCUGUCCACUAUGAAUUCCAUGUUAACCAAUAGCCAGCAGAAAACUAUCCGCUCCCAGCUGGGAAGAGUCAAACUCCAGCUGCUGUACAAGGCCAGCAUCCAUGGUUUCACCGGUGCAGCCUUUCACCAACGAUGUGACACCCGCUGUCCCACAGUGUCUGUGGGCUACAACGCCUCUGGUUAUGUGUUUGGAGGCUACACCAAACAACCUUUCAGUCAGUCUGGACAGUAUGUGCACGAUGACCAGGCCUUUCUUUUCACCUUCAGUGGAGAAAAGCUCCUCAAGUAUCCGGUCACCGGUCCUGCUAACGCACUGAGAAUGAUGGCUAACUGUGGUCCAUAUUUUGGAGAAACAUUAGUUCUUGUCAAUGGAAGCAAAGCAGUAGUCUAUACCAAUCCAGGAAAUUAUUACCACUUCAAUGCUGCAGAAAUGCAUGGCAAUGACCUCAACCUGACUGAGUGUGAAGUCUAUGAAGUCGAGGAAACCACAGAACUUGAGCGUCCAUGGAGAACUAUCACCUGGGAAUCUGAGAAGAAGAAGGAGCUGAUGGAGACUAUUAAGACGUACAAACCCACAGUCAGCUCUGUGUCCCAGGUUCGGGUUCUGCUCAUUGGACCAGUUGGAGCUGGAAAGUCCAGCUUCUUUAAUUCUAUCAACUCUGUAUUCAGAGGCCACGUCACCAGCCAGGCCAUCGCUGGCAGCUCUACCACCAGUCUCACCACACAGUUUCGCACCUACUCAGUGAAAGCUGGGCGAGACGGAAAACAUUUGCCAAUCAUCUUGUGUGAUACCAUGGGAUUGGAGGAAAGCACAGGGGCGGGGCUUGAUAUAGAUGACAUCAGCAGCAUCCUUAAAGGUCAUCUGCCAGACCGUUAUCAGUUCAACCCCUCUGCUCCUCUGCAUUCGGAGACCAGCGGCUAUCGUAAGUCUCCAGGGCUUAAGGACAAGAUCCAUUGUGUGGCCUAUAUCACUGACGCCUGCAAGGUCUCCAUCAUGCCCACAAAGCUGGAGGAGAAGCUGAAUGCUAUCCGCAGAAAGGUCAACUUAAUGGGGAUUCCUCAGCUGGUCCUGGUCACUAAAGUAGAUGAAGCCUGCCCUUUGGUGACAGAGGACGUGAGGAACAUUUACAAGAGUGGCUACAUAAAGGAAAUUAUGCAGGAGGUCAGCGCCCGGCUCGGUGUGCCACUGUCCUGUGUUGUUCCGGUGAAGAACUACAGCGAGGAGUUGGAGUUGGACCCGAACUGUGACAUCCUGCUGCUCAGCGCCAUCAUCCAGAUGCUUCGCUUCACAGAUAAUUACUUUGAUGAGAUCAGUGACCAAUUCAGCAACAUUGAAGUCAAAGAAUAGGAAGUAUUAGUGCAGCAGAUGUUUAUAUCCUGUCCAACUGGAAUGAAAUGUCUCUCAAAAUGAUCUAUCCAUGCAUGCAUCCAUUUACCGGCAGGUGAUCCUGCCUAAUGCUUGUUCACUGUGCACUUCCUCCUCUGAUUUUUCCAAGCACCCAUUGGAAUGCUGGGAAAUGUAGUGCUUCUAUAUUUCCUGGAACUGUGCAGCACCUCCAGAGGCCUGUACUACGAAGCCAGAUCAGCAUGCCCUGGAUUUAUUUCCAUUUUCACGGCUUAACCAAACCUAACAACCGUGGCCCUGCUGUGAUGCAUCUACAUGAAAGAAGUGGUGUUUGCAAAAUAUGACCAAUCGCAAACAUGGACAAGUCUACCAAAGCCGCAUAUUUUCCACAAGAAGAGCACAGACACGAUUUACAGGCAAAAAGCAAUACAGUCGCUGCUUCCUAACCCAUUACAAAACCUAUCAAUAUCACUGACCCAUCAGUCAGGCACAUAAUCUGACCAUAAUUACACUUGUGCAUUCCAUAAACUUUUGCUGCUGUAGCCUAUUCUUUCAGUUGCAACCCUGGCAGUGGUAAGCGAUCGUGGGAGCAAACGAACAAUAAAUAUCAAAACAUAAUUCAAACUGAUUUGUUGCAUUGGCAACACACGGCUCAAGAUGCUGACAAAGAUUCAUUACGUAUCUUUUUCAGCUUCUUGAGCUGCUGAAAAUCUAUAUCUCAUAAAGAUACCCAUCAGGGAAUGCCAAGGGGGUUGUUGGUCUUUAAAUGUUUUAACUUUUAUGAGCGCACCUCUCACUAUCUGUGCACACACUCCUCCGGAUCUUCUAAGAACGUUGACGCCAUUUAUUAUUUGAGAAUUGAUUGGUCUGUAGGCCGUGCUUUUAUACCGUUUGAUCUGUAAUCUCCAACAUAACCUGCUCCUGAGCAGGUAAGGUAUUCAGCAUAAAUUACCAUGGCAAUUUAACCCGGUAACAAGUGACCCACCGUCAUGAUGCACAAAACCCUGGCUUGAACGUGAAGUUCCCUCUGUAACCCCAAAUCUUGCUUCACAGUAUAGGCCUCAGUUUGUGGCUUCAGAAACUCAGUGAGCUGAUCCUCAAUUUGAUUGUGUCCCUUAGCUGCACAAUAUUUAUUUUCUCUCUUAUUUGGUUGUAAAUUCUUUAUAUUUAAAAAUGAUAACAUAAUAAAGGGUGAUUUGAAUUUUUGACAUUAGAGGUCUAAAGAUUAUUAUUAUUAUUAUUAUUGUUGUUGUUACAUUGUUGACUCAUUUAGUGGGACAUUUCAUUACAAGUUAACAAGUUUGACAAGCUAACAUAUCUGUUUAUUGAAUGGCAGUGAGAAUAUAUGCCAUCGUGUAUUUUCGAUGUGAUUAACUCAUCUGAAUGUAGCUGCAAGAACGGGAUGCAAUCCUAAUGAGAUCAUUAACACUUUGCUGGAUGCAUGUACAGGCCAAAAUAAUACUGGUAACUGUGUUCAGAACCAUUAGACUAAUGAAGAAAUGUAUUCACGGUUUCAAUGUGAAAGACCGGCAGUGAACUUCACAACAGAAGGGGUGAGGUUCACUGCAAUAUAUAUAGUACAUACUGUAUUUCGACUGUCAUUCUGUAUAUUCUGACAUUUAUUUAUAUAUAUAUAUAUAAUUUAUUUAAACUUUCAUUCUAUGUAUUCCAACUUUCAUUCCAUUUUCAGUUUUAGUGUUGACUGCUGCAAUAGCUGCACACAUGGCGCUGUUCAAUACAAUGAAAAAUAAACAGUUCAAAUGGUCA